AUGGUAAGAGAGAAGGAAGUGAGGAUUCAGAUUGACGUUAUGAAGUCUAUAGAGAUAGAUCUAAAGAGAAAGACGAAGGAGAGUAAGAGACUAAAGAAGAUAGAUGAAUACGACUACAAUGAUCCAUUUAUAGAAUCUUUUGAAGGCGAAGCACAGGCUGUGAUGGUUGAGUGUAACUUGUGUGACUUUUUUGUUUAUCGUGGAGAGUUACCUUACAGUGCAAAAAAGGUUCUGAGUAUGUGGGAGUCAAGAACAUUGCGAGAACAGCUAAAGAACAACGAACAGAAUAAAAAUGAUGAUUCAUGUACAGAAACAACCAAAAAGAGUGAUGCAAAGCACAGCGAUGAAUUUAUCAAUAAUACAACGGAGAAAGACGCCAAGGAGUUGAAUGCAGCAAAUGAAAAGAAAUAUAGAAGGAAUAUCAAGACCGAAAGGCGGACUACCCAGUAUAUCUUAAGUCUUUUAAAGCACGAAAUCGAUGAAUGCAAAAAGGAGGGAUCUGAAGAUGUUGGAUUUGAGUCAUGUCUGUAUAUGUCGAUGCUCAAGUCAUUUGCAAAAGAAUGGAACAUCAAUAUAGAUGAAACGAGUAUAGAUGCAGUGAAUAGUAAGAGCAGCUGCGAUGAGUACACAAAGCUGUACUUAGACAAUAUUCGCAGAAAUGCCUAUAAAGUUCUUGAUGAAAUACGUGCUGACAUUCAAGAUCAGAAGUAUUAUCCUGAAUCGCCUUCGUUGUUCAAAGGAUUUAGCAACAAGAGAUUUCUGCAGAAUCUUUGCAAGUAUCAUUUAUUGUUUGUGAAGAUGGCGUUUAUUGAAGAUAAAACGCAGUUGUUCAGUGCAGCUGUGCAGAAAGCACACUUCAAUAUUCGAGAUUUGUUUGAAGAUUCGUGUAAAAAUCCAGGCCAAACCCAGUCACACAUGAUUAGAUACAUUUCUCAUGAUUUAGGUGUGGAGAAUAUUUUUGAGGACAAAGCAAUCAAGAUCAAUUCAAAAGGGUCUGAAGAUAAAUGA